UGGCCUCGACCGGUACAAUCCUGAGACCACCGGGGUCUUCCAGGACUACGUCAUGCAGCAGUGCGAGAACCAGACGUACGACUGCUACGCCAACCUGGCGCUGCUGAAGCUGUACGUUUCUUUACUUUGCCGCUUACUAUUGGCUUUCAAGGUUUCGUGAUGAUCAAAUACCACAACGUUUCCUAUUAACCGAGGGGCCGGAGCUUGAAUCACUCCUCCCGCUGAAGUGGAAUUAUUAGCUCUAUCUGAAAGAGCCUUUCCUAGUUUCUCGUAUCCGCAGUAUGUUCUGUGCUGAAUACUGACAUGGAUGCAACAUAGGUAUCAGUUCAACCCGCACCUCAACCGCGACGAAACCAUCACCAACAUCCUCGUCAAGGCCCUCACCGUCUUCCCAACCCCGGACUUCUCCCUCUGCCUCUCGCUCCUUCCCUGCCACACCCUCGCGCCCCUCCACACAUCCUCACACACUCCCGCCGCCGGCGAUGCACCGCUCUCCGAAGCCGUGCAGAAACUCAACGUCCUCAAGAAUCUGCUUGAGGGUGCUGACUACGCCGCGUUCUGGUCGACGCUGGACUCAGACGACCUGUAUGCAGACCUGGUGGCCGAUGUCUCGGGAUUUGAGGAGCUGAUGCGGGUGCGCAUCGCGGCGACAGUGAGCCAGUCGAUACGGGAGGUGGACAGGAACAUCCUGGAGAGCUGGUUGAAUCUUCAAGGAAAGGAAUUCGAACACUUCGUAGGCACAGUGUGUGGGUGGAAUGUGGACGGGGAUAAGAUCAAGGUGCCCAUCAAUAAGGAUAACGAGGCCAAGGGCACGGUGGUUCGGGAGAAUGUCAAAUUUGACCAAUUUUCCAGAGUCAUUCGGAGGGCAUACGAGCAGCCUGCUUAACGAGUUCAUAUGCAGGACGAAACGCGAUAGCCGAAGCAUGAUGGGCAUGGUCAGGGACAUGGCGUUUGGAGAGGUUCUGGCAACUGCAUUGGAGGCAUGCAAAUGAUGUGCCGGAUAUAAUCGCAGGCAAUAAGACAUGAGUCUCUGCGACUCGGAAUAUACCCAAUGAAAACUUGUGGUAACAUCGUCCAGACAAGCAUGCUUAUUUUCUGUGGGACAUCUAAACUCUCAGAAAUCAGGCUCUACAUUGAGAAGCCGUGCUUGCUUCGAAUUACCGGAUCGACA